AAUGAUACUGACACCGAUCAAAACUGGGUCAGACAUGGCGGCUUAAAGAACCAAAACAAAGACGUUAUUAUCUGAUUUACACUUUCAUUCCGUUGUGUCCAUGAAGGCAUGAUUAUAGACGAUGGCAGAUAGUCAGCAACAAUCACAACAACAACAGCCCUCUCAUCAACCACAGCUGCAGCAGCAACAACAGCAGCAGCAAAAUAAUCCUGUUCAACAACAAGCAGUGAGACAGAUGAGUCAGCAAAAUCAGCAGACUGGUUCCCCAGCUGUACAGCAUGCUGCUGGGAACCAGACAAGUCAACAACAACAACAGCAACAACAACAACACCCGCAGCAGCAAGCCAUACAGCCCCAGCCCAUUCAGCCUCAACAGCAGCAACAACCCCAGAAUAUCCAGCCCCAACCACAGCAGCAGAAUCUUCAUCAUCAACAGCAUCAGCAGCAGCUACAGCAACAGGCCAUCCAGCCUCAGCAGAUUCAGUCCCUUCCACAAUUGCAGAUAGCCCCUCAGCAGCAGCAUGUGAUGCCCAACCUGCACACGAUGACGUCGGUUCCUCUAAGCAUGGCCAUGUCUGGCAACCCCAUGACUGCCAGCCUCACAGGCGGAAACCUUCGGCCACAGAUAGGCCAGCUGCAACAGGUACAGGUGAUACAGCAGAGUCCCACAUACAUGCCGGCACAAUUCGCCUACAACCCACAGCAACAGCAGCUCAUGCUGCAGAACAUGCAAGCGGCCAUGCAUAUGAGCAUGAACCCACAGCAGUUGAACAUGGCCAACAUGGUGGCAAUGCAGAACAGACCAAACACAGGCAUGUUCACGCCUGGGGCCAUAUCCAUGUCUCAGGCACCUUCCACUCCUACGUCUGGAACGUUUGUGACAAUAUCGUCUGCACCAGUCAGUCAGCCCAUCACCACGACAACCAGUACUGGCGCUGUGCAGGGCAAAAGUGCCAACAGCAAGCAACAGUCUCAGCAGCAACAACAACAGAAUCAGCAACAACAGCAUCAACAGCAGCAGCAACAACAGCAGUUACAUACAAUGGGGCAGGUACAGCAGGCUCAAGCCACCGCCAUGAUAGGUGGGAAACCAAUCAUCUUAGGACAGGCUGGCUCCCUCUUGCAAGGCCAGAUAGGUGUGAUAUCAGCUGGCCAGCUCCAGACAACACAGGCCUACGCAACCGGUCAGACCUUUGGACAGUUGCAAUCCAAGCCUGGUCAGCAGAUCAACCUCGGGGCCAGCACAGGUCAAGGUCAGAUCCAGCUCAACGGGUCCCAGGGGGGCAUCCGGUUCUCUCAAGGUCAGCUGGUCAGCAACGGUGGCAGUGCCCAGCUGAUCACGUCCCAGCCCGUGUUCACCAAUCAGAUGAUACAGGCCAUGUCCCAGCUGCAGCACUUCCAGCCACAGACACCCAUCAUGCUGACCCAGGGACAGCCCCCCACCCUCACCUCAGGUCAGAAGCUGUACAUUAACCCAGUUCAGACCCAGAACCUGAUGACUGGAGUGGCCACCAUGAACACUGCCUUCAAAAGUCCCACACCACAGACUGUACAGAAUGUUGCAUUGCCUAUUCAGAAGCAGACGACAGCCGCCCAGACUGGCAAGGUGCUUCUUCCAUCCAUGUCUAAAACCACCUCCACAGCUAAAGUGCCCCCAAACAGCGCCUCUGUUGGGGCCGCAAAAUCCCCCAGUGGUCAAACUCUCAAUAAAAACAAGGGGCGUCCCAAAGGUAGUGGGAAAUCAUCCCCAGCCAUGUCUUCACCUUCUUCUGCCAGUCAAGGAAAGCCAGACUCCUCCCCUAGCCAGUCCAAGCCAGCCACGCCCACUGUUGGCGGGUCACCUGACCAGAAGAGGGAGUCGGACUCGGAGUUUGACGGGCCCAGAAAGUCCAUCAAUGAGGACCAACUGUCCGCUGCCCAGCGCCCAUACAACGAGGAUCCACCUGGCAUUGCCAAGAAUGAGAAACUGUCGGACAAGCUCUUAUUAAACCCUGACUACCGUCCCAGCAUCAUAGCAUCUGAUCAACCUGUAGAGCGACAGCGGGCCAUUGUGAAACCCCACAUCCUCACUCAUGUGAUCGAGGGUUUCGUCAUACAGGAGGGGCCAGAACCAUUCCCGGUUCAAAGGUCAUCCCUGCUGACUGAGUUCAUUCCACCAAAGCCUGGUCAGCCUGUAGAGCAGUCCUCUCUUAUCUCUAUGGAGGAUGAAGAGUUGGAGCAAGAAGGGGAGACAAGCCACGAAGAGUCCGGUCCCAUGUCCGGGCCAUUGCAAUGCGAGAUCUGUAACACGAUUUUCUCAAGUUUGAACCCCAUUCAGCGUUUCUGCUCAAAAUCAUGCGCUAAGCGUUACAACGUAGGCUGUUCAAAACGUCUUCAGCACUUCCCCGGCAAAACCAAAGAUUCUGGUCGGGCCUUGAAAAGGAAGCGGAAAGGAAAGAAAUCCUGGGGAGGAAGCAGGCACACAAGCUCUGGAUCUAUGGCUGGUCCAGACAUGGAGGACCAGAGCAGCUCGGUGAGUCAGGACACCCCGUCACCCUCGACAACACCCGACCUUCAGGUCACAACCUCGUCUCCUGAACAGCAGAGGUCAGGGAACAGCGAGUAUGCCCCGCCCAACACUAGUCCCAGAAAGUGGAAUGUGCAGGAGGUCUAUGAGUUCAUCCGUAACCUGCAGGGCUGCUCUAUGUACGCGGAGGAGUUCCGUUCCCAGGAGAUUGACGGCCAGGCCCUGCUGUUGCUGAAAGAGGACCACCUCAUGACCACCAUGAACAUGAAGCUGGGACCCGCACUCAAGAUCUGUGCACGCAUCAACACCAUUAAAGAGGAAACAGGUUGAAACUUGGAAGCUGGGACCGGGGCUCAAUUUCUGUGCACGCAUCAACGCCAUUAAAGAGUAAACUGGUUGAUGACCACGAUGAAUAUGUACAUACAAUGUAAUAGAUAAUAUUACUAAGUUAAGACUGAGACUGGUUUAUGGCUUCAAGAGUAAAUAUUAACGCCAUUGAAGAGGAGACUGGUUGAAUGUUACUGAAGUGUUUUUUGAGACUUGAUGAACCUUUUGAUGUGAAGUAAUUCAAGUUCAUGAGGCUUGUUGAUUGAAACUGGGUCAUUUAGUAGUAAUAUUGUGCAUUUUCUACAUAUGAUUGAGAAUGAAGUAGAUAAACAAUAUGUAGUACUUACAUGUGUACAUACAUUGUAAUAGAUAACAUUACUAAGUCCAGACUGAAGCUGGGACCCGCACUCAAGAUCUGUGCACGCAUCGAUACCAUAAAAGAGGACCCCAGUUGAAGCUUACUGGAUUGUUUUGUUGGAACUUUGUAAACCUUGUAAAUUUGUGCAGAUUUGUGCAGCUUCAACAUAGGAUAUGGAAUGAACUAGAUUUAAAUGAUACGUGAUAAAUUUGAUGUGGUUUUUAAAUGCUAUAUAUAUUUAAAUAGGUGCAUUUUCGAAACUCUGGUAACAAAAUCAGGGGGGAAAUUUCUCCCGAACUCCUUUAUUCUUUUCCCACUCAGAAGCCAAGUGAAAUUGGCUAUGUUCAAACAUCAUAAAAUCAGACUGUUAAGGUGUCAUGCUGUUUGCUGCUCAUCAGUAUCUAAGAAAUAAAACCUUUAAAACUUGACUUUAGUAAGAAAGGUUUUUAAUUAAAUUUAACUUUCUAUUAGCAAGUUUGUGAAACAUAACUGUACAUAAGCAUAGUUGAUACGCUGCUCAAUGUAAUAGUCAAGAUUUAAAGCAGUGUUUUUAAGUUUGAGUGAGUUGUGAAUUUUAGCAUUUUCAUUAUGUUGUGGCUUGUUUAUGUGUACAUAAUUUAAAUACAUGUUGUGCCAUUUGUGUUCAUUAUAUAUAGAUGCAUGUCAUCUUAUUAAUGUUGUAAUAAAUGUCAUUGAAAUUGGCUUAUUUUCAUUUAAUAUUAGAACAUUGGUUUGGGCAUGUUAUUUCAAUUGAAACAAUGUGACUUAACUGUUCUAGAUUAUUAAUGUUAAAAGAUAAUCACUAAUGCAACUUUUGCUGUAACAAAAACAAUGUCAUCAUUAUGUGCCUUUCAAGGAUAUAUUUUAUAAACAUGGCCUCAGUUGCAUUAUUUGACAUUGGGUUAUGAGAGUUACUUGUUGUGAGUGCAAUUGUCAGCUCAGAAGACCCUUGAUAUAAGCUCUUACAAGAAUUCUUGCAAUUUAAUGAAUUGUACUAAACAAGAUACUGGUGUAAAAGGGUUUAUUGAAAUUGCCUUUUGUAGGCUCCUACAUGUUUAACUGGAGGUGGUUUUGGGUCAACCCUCCUGUCAUCAUGUAUGUUUAGCCAUCUAUCCAUCUAGGUGUCUGUCCGUCUGUCCAUGGGCAAAACUUUCUAAAAACUUCUGAAGUUACUAGACUAAAUCUUGGUAUACUUUUAAAGGACACGGUCAUUAAUAAUGCAACCCCUUUUUCUUUUAAGUUCCAAGAGCAGAUCCCUGCUACUAAAUUAUUAACAAGCUUUUAAAUUAUUGUAACACAUAAAGUACAUAAGAUAUCAACAUGAAACUUGGUAUACACAAUCAGUUAUAGGUUUUCUGAAUGUCUGUGAGUCCCUUUCUCUACCUUCCUCUAAAAAGAAAUACCUUGAAAAGUACAAAGAAUAUUACUAUGAAACUUUGUGUACAUCUUAAGCGAUAAAGAAGUUUAUACAUGACCCCUCAUCCUUCAUUUCUGCACACUUCAGGUGACUGUUAAUAAAAAAAGAUAUGCACAAAAUAAUGCCUUUUUUUUCUAAAGGUAGGUAAGAUAUAAUUAUGAUACAUCAACAUACAUGUGAUACAUAUGAACAAAAAUGUGACAUUACUAUGUACACCCUUGUUUUAUUAGAUGAAAAAUGCCUAGGGGAUGUUAGAAACAAAUUGAAAUCUUGCUAUGCUAAAUGGUAAUUGAAUUUCAUUAUGUUACAUAAGUGUACAGGUAAAGGACCACAUGUUGGUUGCUCAUUCUUAAUUGGUACGACUUUUCAUUUGAUCGGUAGGGGAAUCUGUGAUCUCCUGCAAUUCUGUCGAACCUUGUUGUAAAUGUAUUUGUGUACCCUACGUAUUGUUGUGUUUUGCUAUGAAUUAAAAAUCAGCAUUAUUUAGUCUUAAUAUUCAAAGAAAUUAAUUUAACUACCAUUUCUUUAACCAUAAAUCAUGCAUCAUGAACAUAGCUACCUUUUUAGUGUUUUAAUGUAUUAUAUUGAUGAAUGUUAAUGAAGGUUUUGUGCUACCUAUUUUGCAUCAAAGUAUAUUAUAUGUAUUAUUCUUUCACCAAAGCUCAUGUAAUUAUAACAAAGAAUUCUUUUCCACUAUGGGUAUUUUGUACAUUUUCGACUGUCAUUCAUUUUGAAAUACAAUAAACAAACUGUUGAUUUCAUUUUUUAACACUGGCAUGUUUCUUUUGUUCGAAACCUAACUUUUAACGCGAUCAUGUUUCUGUUGUCUGAAACUGAACUUAUAAAUAUAGGUGUUUUUAUUCACAGGCUAAUUCAACUUUACUCAGAACAGUGUUUGACUGUUACAAGGUGCACAUAUUUUACCUGAUAGCCAUGUUUAUUAUAUUGGUGCUUUUGUGAUUAUAUUGUGUUAUGUACGUAUAUUUAAAAAAUAGAAUAAUUAAAAACUAUCAGAUACAA